GUGUGCACACAGAGCUUCCUUCAGUGGAAUUACAGUGGUGGCAGUGAGAGGGAGAAGAUCAGGAGUGGAAGCUGUCAGAUUCUCCUGGAUGGAGAGGAAACCAGGUCAGGCAGUUGCCAUCAGCUUGAAGUGAGUCAGCAAGGGGAGAGCUGCUCAUCCACACACCUUCACCUGAAUCCAGAGCUCCCCACAAUAAAUCUACAAUAAAUCUUUCCAAUGCUCUCCAUUAGCCAAGGGGACCAUGGCUACCUUGGGAGGAUGGUGCAUGAAAAAAUGUCAUUUGGAUCAUUUCCACUGGCAAAUCUGACAGACCUCAACACUUGGAAGGACAUGGCAAAUAGGACAAGCGUAAAAGAAUUCAUCCUUCUUGGCUUCCCAGGGACAUGGCAAUUCCGAGUCUCCUUUGUGGUGGUGUUUGCACUGAUGUACACCCUGACAGUGAUAGGUAAUGCAUCCAUCAUUGCCCUUGUAUGGAGAAGCAGCAACCUACACACCCCAAUGUACUUUUUCCUCUGCAAUCUCUCCUUCCUGGAGAUCUGGUACACUACGGGUGUUGUUCCCAAAGCCAUAGGAGUCAUGCUGGGGACUAGCCAGACCAUCUCCUUCAGUGUCUGUAUCCUCCAGUUGUUCUUUCUUCUCUCUCUAGGCUCCGCUGAGUGUUUUCUCCUGUCUGUCAUGGCUUAUGACCGCUACCUGGCCAUUUGCUGCCCCCUGAGGUACAGCUCCCUCAUGAGCAGCGUCCUCUCUGUCCGGCUGGCACUCAGCUCCUGGCUGGGAGGAUUUUUGGCCAUUUCCGUGCUGGCCUUUCUGACAUCCAGGCUGACUUUCUGUGGGCCAGAUGUCAUCAAUCAUUUUCUAUGUGAUAUAGAUUCCUGCCUUGCCCUCUCCUGCAGUGACACAUGGCCUGUGGAGCUGGCAACCUUCCUGGUCUCCAUAAUUGUUGUGGUGGCCUCCUGUGUGGUCACCUUGGUCUCCUACAUGUACAUCAUCUCCUCCAUCCUGAGGAUCCAGUCAGGCCAUGGCCGGAAAAAGGCAUUUUCCACCUGCUCUGCCCAUCUCAGUGUUGUCACCAUCUGGUAUGGCUCCACCAUGUUCCUGUACGUCAAACCAUCAGCCCAGAACUCCCUGGAUGUGAACAAAAUCGUGAAUACCUUUAACACAGUGGUAACUCCUUUGCUGAACCCCUUCAUUUACACACUCAGAAACAAAGAGGUGAAGCUCGCUCUGGGACGAGCUUUCCAGAAAAAGUGAAGUGACUUUUUUCACAGGGCAUCAGUAGAACAAACAGAUUCAUCCCUGCCCUCCCAUGACUUCUGCCCUGCAGAAGAUCCCCUCUGAAGUGUAGGUUUGAGUGGGCAUCCCAGGCACUGAGAAGCCACAUAUGAGCUCAUAUCACCUUACAGCCAUCUCUGGCUGGGCUGAGCCUCAGUUCUGCUCUCUCACCACCCUCUGUUCAUACCCAGAUAAUUCAGAAUGCCUCCCAGCCCUUUAAAGUGCUAUGCUUGGAAAGGGCCACAAAUAAAAACAGCUGGAGGAGUGGUACUCCCACAGGUUUCUACCCCAGUUUGCCAGGUGCUCAAUUUUGUCAGGGUUUGCAUGAAUCUCCUAAAGAAAUCCCAGGAACUUUAGGAAACAUUGCUUUAGGAAGUAGACAUGUUUUUCCCCAUUUAGCCUGAUGUUUUGUGAUGUAUCUAUGCCACAUUCUUGUAGCUAUUUCAUCAUAUUCUUGUAGCUAUUUCAUCAUAAAUCAUACUCUAAUUCAAGAUAAAAUUUGG